UCGGCCGUCCGUCGCAUUCAUCGCAUUUUGGCAAAGCAUUUUGGCCCUUGCAUUCAUGCGUAGCAUCUCUACUUGGUCUGUGGUCGCGGCUUUUUGGCGGAAGGCGGGAACGGGACAGUUGCUUUCUUCAUUGAAUAAUCUAAAUAAUUAAUACGAAGUGGUGUUUUGUGGUUAAUGAUCGCAUUAAGUUAGUCGGAAGACAUUCGCGAGUGUUAUUAUAUUGGAGUAUUCAAUAAACAAAGUGUAUCUGCCUAUUUUCGCUUCGUGUCAGGAAGCCGCUUCAUAACUCAAAAGUUUAUGCGGACUUUUGAGUUAAUUCGUUUGGGGUUCGGAGUAGGAGUCUACUCCGAGGGUGGGGGCUUAGGUUUCAUCAUCAUCACCUUUCAUCAUUUCAUUAAUCAUCAAGAAAAAAAAUACGUCAGACAUGGCUGUAUGGGCAUAGUUCCCUUUGCCUUACCCUUCGGGGAAAACCAAACCAAAAAAAAAAAAAGAAAUGAAAGAUGUUAUACGAGUUACUCCGGAGCAUUUUCAUCAAAGCUUAACGGAAUCUAUUACUACUUUGCUGAAUAGGAAAUUAGCAAACAAGGUAGUACUUAAUGUUGGAUUAUGUAUAGCACUGUUUGAUAUUACACAUAUUGGCCACUCAUAUAUAUUGCCUGGUGACGGCUCGUCCCACACAGAAGUUCAGUUCCGCUACAUAGUCUUUAGACCUGUUGUGGAGGAAAUUUUGAUAGGAAAAAUUAGAAGCUGUAGCCGAGAAGGGGUACAUGUUACAUUGGGAUUUUUUGAUGAUAUUUUAAUUCCUGUAAAUGCGCUUCAACACCCUUCAAGGUUUGAUGAAACAGACCAAGCUUGGGUUUGGGAGUAUCCUAAAGAAGAUGGAGAGAAACAUGACUUAUUCAUGGAUUCAGGGGAAUCAAUAAGGUUUCGUGUAACAAGUGAAGCCUUUGAAGAAAGUCUGCCUUCUGGCCCUCCAGGAACUGAAUGUGCAGUACAGACCGUAGCACCCUACAAACUUGUAGGAGGAAUCAAUGAGCCUGGAUUAGGGCUCCUGUCAUGGUGGGAAGCACCCGAACAGCCAGAUGAUGGUGAUGAUAAUGAAGAAAUGGAAAAUGAUGAAUAAAAUUACUAUAAAAAUAGUACAAUUAAGUCUUGUACAUAUAUUACUACUAUAUUAAACACAUAAGGAUCAUAAUCAAUAA